CCGUAAUACCAGCCCACAGCUCACUACAGGCCGCGCUCAUUUUUUACCUGCCGUGUUUGUUGAUGUUGUAACCACUUCAGUGGAUUUGGGUCAGGGGUUGUAACGGUCUUACAGGCCGCAGAAAAGUUUUUUGAAAAAGACGAUGCGGGAAGACGACUCCCCCCCAAUGGACAGCGCUGGAAACAGCGAGGAGGAGACCGACCGUCAGCUGCCGCGGAGAGGCGCGAGGAAGCGGCGGCAAGCACGGAGGAGCACCGACGAAGAGGAGGAGGGAGACGUGGAAAUUCCCAGCCCCGGGAAGAAGAAAUGCAGAAAGAGCUGCGAUGGAGGAGGAGGAGGUGGCGGAGGAGGAGGAGGCAGCACCGGGAGCGGCGACAGCGAGGCCAGCAGCAGCCCCGCGCGCUCCUUCGAUGACCUACAGACGCAACGCGUGAUGGCCAACAUCCGCGAGAGGCAACGGACGCAGUCCCUCAACGAGGCGUUCACGUCGUUACGUAAAAUCAUUCCCACACUCCCGUCGGACAAACUCAGCAAGAUCCAGACGCUAAAGUUGGCGGCCCGGUACAUAGACUUCCUGUGCCAAGUUCUGCAGAGCGACGAGCUGGACGCGCGAGGGACCAGCUGCAGCUACGUGGCGCACGAGCGGCUGAGCUACGCGUUCUCGGUCUGGAGGAUGGGGGGAUCGUGGUCCUUGUCCACGACGUCCCACUAGCAGGACCAAGACUGCUGCUGUUGCUGAUGGGACAGCACGAUUACCCACACUGAGGAACCAGUGGAUCAGGCCAACCCUUCUACUGGCCAAACACAGCUGAGGCCCAGGCUCAGCCGCUGUGCUUCAGGCCUCAGAGGAAAGCAGCCUUUUCAUAUUUCCCUUUGCAUGGACUGUAAUGUUUGCAAGGGAGCACUUAGGACAGACAGGACGGAUAUGAAGAAAGACCACUGCGACUAUGAAUGUUGUAAAAACAAAAGGAGCUCUGACAAACUGCUCUGUUUUGAAACACGAGAGAAAAAUGACAAGUCAUUCCACAUUCCCUGUGACAGUGUUUCACAGAAAAUGAAGUAUUUUGUAUUUAUUUUUCUACACAGGUUUGAAAUUCUUUCCCCUUCUCAAAUAAAAGUUAUUUAUUUUUGGGAUAUCACAGAACCCUGAACGGAUCUAGAGUCUGUGUGUUUUGAGUGCUGUAAAUAUUUGGUAACAUGCUCAAUAAAAAAGAAGAAGGUA